GUUCCUGGAAUGGGUGACAGAAUGGCAUACGGACGCAGUCAAUCGCAACAACCACAGCUGCAGGGCAUUGGGCCAGGGAUCGCUGGGCGGCUGGCGAAGAAGCUGGCAGCUUGGCGCAAGGCAAACGGGAUCGCCGAGCCCGCUCCGCAGCAUGCUCAGAAUGAUACUGAGGUGUCUUCAUCACAGGGCCCAGCGCGACCAAGGAAGCCACAGGUGUAUGUGCCACGGUACCGGUCUGGUGCCUUUGCACUGUUGCUCGGACUGUACAAAGCAUACUCUUUGUAUGGGCCAGACUACUUUAUCCCCAAGUCGGAUCUCAUUCAGUUCAGCGAGCAGUAUACAGAUACAUCAUUCUCGCAGUACACUGCAUGGAAUGCGAUGAAGACACUCGAGACUAAAUCGCUGGCGGAGCGCCAAGGAGGUGUCAAAUACUGCCUGACAGACGAUGGGGUGGAAAUUGCAAAAAAGGUCGUUGAUGUGCUGCGGACCCGAAAUGAGUUGCCCGAUGAUGACGCUCGAGUAUUCAUGGAAUGCGAGAGGCGUGAAGAGCGCAGCGCCUCACCACAGUCUGCUGAGCAGCUGCGUGGUGAUGUUGAGGAUGACAGUAUGUUUGCAUUUUCGCAGACCAGCGACUACUCCAGCAAGGGCAAGCGCGCUUUCACGCAACUCCAGCGCAGCCUCGACAUGCGUUCUGAUCUUGUCCACUAUCCAGAAGGGUCGUACGACAUCAUACUGGUGGUUGACAAUCGCGAGGUGCACAGUGUCAGCGACCGCAAUCUGAUCCAGAAGGAGCUUGAGGAUCAGUGCGUAAAUGUCGAGAUCCGACCACUGACGGUCGGCGACUACCUUUGGAUAGCACGAGCCAAACCCGCCAGUCGGUUCAAGCAUCUGCCAGACAUAGUGCUUGACUACGUGGUUGAGCGGAAGCGCAUGGAUGAUCUUUGUGCAAGUAUCCGCGACGGACGGUACCGUGAGCAGCACUCUCGGAUCCACCACACAGGGUUCACCAACGUAUUCUACAUCGUCGAGGGAAACGAUCCCGACGCACGCACGGUGUCUUUUGAAGCGUCGCUCAAGAUGCUCCGGCAAACAACCAAGGCACUGGAAAGCACACUGAAAGAUGUGUAUGCAAUUCCAGAUAGACUGGUUGGCCGCAAGGAGUUUGCGGCGUUGAAGCGCAAUAUCCAGGCACGGUUUCCAAACAUACGCUUAGCCAUGUCGUUUGAUGCCUACGACAUUGUCAGCAACAAGACUGGGUCGCUGUCGGUCGGAGAAUUGUACUUGCGCAUGAUCAUGACUCUGCGCGGGGUCGGUGUCGAAAAGGCACUGACGAUUGGGAAAGAGUUCCAGACACCAACCGAGCUCAUAGGAAUGCUUCAGAGAGAUCCGAAUGGCACCAAGCGGCUCCAGGACAUGGUUAUCGAUGGGUCGCUCAGGCGGAUGGGGCCGGUAUUGGGCAAGAGGCUUGCACAGUUCUGGUCUGCCCAGACAUUCAAUACCACGGAGUAA